AUGAUGGCUAUGGACAUCGCAUCCGCAACCAAAAUCAUUCCAUCGGGCGACUGCCGAAAAAUAAAACUCAAACCCCAAAAAUUCAUAAAACGAACGCGUCGCCGUCGACUGGACCAAAUCGAAACGGCUGUCAAAAGCCUGAUCGCCGAUAAAAAACUGACCCUUUUCGCGUGCGUCGCCUGCGAAAACCUACUGAAACAGCCCGUGACGGUCAAGUGCGGUCACACGUUUUGCCUGGAAUGUAUCGAGGAGGAAACUUGUCCGAAAUGUUUUAUGGUCAACGAAGAGGUGCCGCUCCGAGUCGACAUUUUGGUUCAGAGUUUGAUCGAGAAAUGGAAGGAGAGGAACAAGAUUGGAGAUAUUGGAGAAAAAGCUUUGAGGAAAAGUUGGAAUUGCAUUACUGCCGAAGAGCUGGAAUGUUUGCUGUGCAGAAGAUCACUUUUCGAUCCCGUUACCACACCUUGUGGACACACUUUUUGUCGGUGA